GUGGAUGGGGAUGGAUAGUAGUUAACUGAAAAGAUUUGGCUGAGAGAUACGAUCAAUAAUGGAGAAAAAGGAUGAAUCAGUUCGAGUUCAAAGGACCAAAGGGGGGAUGGUGACGAUGCCCUUCAUCUUUGCAAAUGAAGCAACUGAAAAACUGGCGGUGGUGGGAUUUGGAACUAAUAUGAUUAGCUACCUAACGGGACAGCUUCACAUGCCUAUAACAAAAGCGGCCAACACUCUAACCAACUUUAGCGGCACCGCCAGCUUGACUCCCCUCGUCGGCGCCUUCAUCGCCGACUCAUACUUCGGCCGUUUUUGGACCAUCACCGCCGCUUCUAUCAUCUACCAAAUUGGCAUGACGACAUUAACAGUGUCUGCUGUUAUCCCCAAACUAAGGCCUCCCCCAUGCAGUGGAGACCAAAUCUGUCAGACAGCUAAUGGCGGACAGCUGGCAAUUCUCUACGUAUCACUUCUGUUGGCUGCAAUCGGGGCGGGUGGGAUCCGGCCAUGCGUUGUGGCAUUCGGGGCGGAUCAGUUUGAUGAAACGGAUCCGAAACAGAAGACUAAAACAUGGAACUUCUUUAACUGGUAUUAUUUCUGCAUGGGCGUUUCGAUUCUGUUGGCGGUGACGGUUGUUGUUUAUGUUCAAGAUUAUGUUGGAUGGGGUUGGGGAUUGGGAAUACCCACUAUCGCUAUGUUCUUAUCAAUUGUAGCCUUCAUUUUUGGGUACCCGCUUUAUCGGAAUAUUGACCCGGCAGGAAGUCCGUUUACCCGAUUGGUUCAGGUUGCUGUUUCUUCAUUUAGGAAAAGGAAUUUAACGUUGGUUUCGGAUCCUAAGUUGUUGUACGAGAAUGAUGAGAUUGAUGCAGCUAUUUCUGUGGCUGGUAAACUUGUUCAUUCCAAGAAUUUGAGGUUCUUGGACAAGGCAGCAAUUGUGAGCGAAGAAGACGACAUAAGAAAACCAAAUCUAUGGAAGCUAAACACAAUCCAUCGCGUGGAAGAACUAAAAACCAUAAUCCGAAUGGGUCCAAUUUGGGCAGCCGGGAUCCUUCUGAUAACUGCAUACGCCCAACAGAACACAUUUUCAAUCCAACAAGCAAAAACAAUGGACAGACACAUAUUAUCAGGAUCAUUCGAAAUCCCCGCAGCCUCCAUGGCCGUUUUCACAAUGACAUCCAUGCUCGCCACCGUCGCCUUCUACGACCGUCUCUUCAUCCCCUUCAUCCGUCGCUUCACCGGCCUCGACCGAGGAAUCGGUUUCCUCCAACGAAUGACAAUCGGUUUCGUCAUCUCUAUUUUCGCCACUUUCGUAGCCGGUUUCGUCGAAUUGAAGAGAAAACACGUCGCAUCUGAAUAUGACUUAAUAAACAAUCCCCAUGCAGCAAUACCCAUCUCGGUUCUAUGGCUGGUUCCGCAAUACUCGCUCCACGGAAUGGCGGAGGCGUUCAUGUCAAUCGGGCACCUGGAGUUUUUCUACGACCAGGCGCCCGAGAGCAUGAGGAGCACCGCCAUGGCUCUGUUUUGGACGGCCAUUUCACUGGGGAAUUAUACCAGCACGAUUUUGGUUACAUUGGUUCAUAAAUUAACUCAAGGGCGUGACGGGUCAAACUGGCUGCCGGAUGAUAAUUUGAAUAAGGGUAAGCUUGAGAGGUUCUAUUGGCUCAUAACAGGUUUACAAGUGGUUAACCUUGUUUACUACUUGUUCUGUGUUAAGUUAUACACUUUCAAACCAGUUCAAGUCAUGGUCAUCGAUAACAAACAAGAAGACAAAGAUGCACCUAAUGUUAAUAAUGGAUCACUCGAGCUUUCGUCUCAGCAGGUCUAGUUUAGUAGUCACUUUACAACAAAUUAAUGCAAUAUAUAUAAUAUUUAGUAGUACAAAUUAAUUACUUAAUAAUUUGUAUAUUUUUCUUGGGUUCUCCUUUCCUAAGUACUUAAAUGUGAAGACUCGAAAUGAACAUGAGAAUGUGAGUUAUAACACUUUAGCAAUGAACUAUCAUUAUAAAUGUAGCAGUACUUUUUUCUAUUAAGAAAAAAAAAAUCAUAAUUAAGACUGA